GGGAGACGUGAGUAGCAUCCGGUUAAAUAACGGACAUUCUAUUUUUGUGUCAACUCAACAGAGACUACAGAAUAACGGAGGAGGGUAAAUCAGCGGUAAUUUUCUGCAGUAGCUUUCCGUAGCUGUGUUUAUGAGUUCUUCCUGCACUUAUUGCUGCUGAUUACCAGGAUCAGGUGUGUUCAGUCCAUGACAAUGAAGAGACACCUGAGAGCUGAGAGCUGAUGUGGAUCCAGUAAAUCCAGCAGCAUGGAUCAGUGUGAGGACACACAGGAGGGAGCCCCUCCCUCUAAAAUAACUCUGUGUGGGGAAGAUGAGAGCAAGAGCAAAGCUCAGAGGAACCAACGUGAACCUGGAUAUGCACCUAGCUGUGUGUCCUUCAGUAGUGACUUCUCAAAGGAUUUACCUCUCAACUUCAAAGGUAGCAGUUCAGGAAAAAAUAAGAGUCAGAGCAAAGCUCAGAGGAGCCAACCUGGACCUGGAUAUGAACCCAGCUAUGUGUCCUUUAGUAGUGACUUCUCAAAGGAUCUACCGCUUAAUUUUGAAGGCAGCAGUUCAGGAGAACAUAAGGGUCAUAAUGAAGAGAGGAACCAACGUGAACCUGGAUAUGAACCCAGCCUUGUGUCUUUCAGCAGUGACUUCUCAAAAGAUUUACCUCUUAAUUUCAAAGGAAAACACAAGAGCCUAAGUAAUGCUCAGAGGAACCAACCUGGAUAUGGUUAUGAACCCAGCUGUGUGUCCUUUAGUAGUGACUUCUCAAAGGAUCUACCGCUUAAUUUCAAAGGCAGCAGUUCAGGAGAACAUAAGAGUCAUAAUGAAGAGAGGAACCAACGUGAACCUGGAUAUGAACCCAGCUGUGUGUCCUUCAGUAGUGACUUCUCAAAGGAUUUACCUCUCAACUUCAAAGGUAGCAGUUCAGGAAAACAUAAGAGUCAGAGCAAAGCUCAGAGGAACCAACCUGGAUAUGGUUAUGAACCCAGCUGUGUGUCCUUUAGUAGUGACUUCUCAAAGGAUUUACCUCUUAAUUUCAAAGGCAGCAGUUCAGGAAAACACAAGAGCCUGAGUAAUGCUCAGAGUAUCCACAGAGAGAGGAAGAGAAGUGGUCUUCAGGCUGCAGAAAGACCUCAAUCUGCAGAUGUUGGUCUGCGGGAGAUUUUUAUAGAACACAAAAUCAGUCUGAAGAAGAGGAGUGAACAUGUGGCUGAAGGAUUUGAAGAAGCAGGAAGAGAAACACUCCUCAGCAGAGUCUACACUGAGCUCUACAUCACAGAGGAACUGAGAGAAGAGGUUCACACCCAACAUGAGGUGAUGCAGUUGGAGACAACCACCAAGACCAACAAGCUCAACUUCACUGCAAUCAAGAACCCAGACAUCUUCAAAGUCUUCCGUGACCAACACAGAUCCAUCAGAGUGGUUCUGACCAGCGGAGUUGCUGGAGCUGGAAAAAGCUUCUCAGUGCAGAAGUUCAGUCUGGACUGGGCCGAGGGCUUGGAGAACCAAGACAUUAAUGCUGUGGUUCCUCUUUCCUUCAGGGAGAUGAACUUGAUCAGAGAUGAGCAGCACAGUCUUCUCACUCUGAUCCAGCUUUUCCAUCCAACACUCCAGAAGAUCCCAGGAGAACAGCUGUCUGUCUGUAAACUUCUGUUCAUCUUUGAUGGUCUGGAUGAAAGCAGACUUUCUCUGGACUUCAACAACAGUCCAGUGGUGUCUGAUGUCACACAGAAGUCCUCAGUCAGCGUGCUGCUCACUAACCUCAUCCAGGGACGUCUGCUUCCUUCAGCUCUGGUCUGGAUCACUUCCAGACCUGCAGCAGCCAGUCAGAUCCCUCGUUCACGUGUAGACAGACUGACGGAAGUACGAGGCUUCAACGAUGUCCAGAAAGAGGAGUACUUCAGGAGGAGAUUCUCAGAUGAAGAGCUUUCCAACAGAGUCAUCUCCCACAUCAAAGGCUCCAUGUCCCUCUACAUCAUGUGUGAAGUUCCAGUCUUCUGCUGGAUCACUGCUGUGGUUCUGGAGAACAUGCUGACCACAAAGAAGAAAAGAAAGCUGCCCACCACCCUGACUGACAUGUACUCACACUUUCUGAUGGUCCAGACAAAGAGGAAGAAGAACAAGUACCAACAGGAUCAUGAGACGAGUCCACAAGAGCUGACGGAGACUGACGGGGACGUUCUUUUGAAGCUGGGGAGGCUGGCAUUUGAACAUCUGGAGAAAGGAAACAUCAUGUUCUACCAAGAAGACCUGCAGCAGUGUGGUCUGGAUGUCACAGAGGCCUCAGUGUACUCUGGAGUUUGUACUGAGAUCUUCAGAAGAGAGUGUGAGAUCUUCCAGAAACUGGUCUACAGCUUUGUUCAUCUGAGCGUUCAGGAGUUUCUGGCUGCAGUCUACAUGUUCCACUGUUACUCCAACAGGAAGGUAAACGUCAUUGAGGACUUCCUGAAGUGUGACAUGAAGAACCCGUCCCUGGAUGAGUUUCUGAGGAUGAUCAUUGAGAAAUCGCUGCAGAGUAAAACUGGACACCUGGAUCUGUUUGUCCGCUUUCUUCAUGGUCUCUCUGUGAAGUCCAACCAGAGACUCUUAGGAGGCCUGCUGGGUCAGUCAGAGAAGAACCAAGCAAUCUUCCAGAAAAUUAUCAACAACCUGAAAGAGAUCAACAGUGUAGAAGUCUCUCCUGACAGAAGCAUCAACAUCUAUCAUUGUCUGAUGGAGAUGAAGGACCUCUCAGUUCAUCAGGAGAUUCAAGAGUUCCUAAAGUCAGAGAACAAAACAGUUAUCAACCUCUCAGAGAUCCACUGCUCAGCUCUGGCCUACACUCUGAAAAUGUCAGAGGAGCUUCUGGAGGAUCUGGAUCUUAACCAGUACAAUACAUCAUAUGAGGGUAAACGGAGACUAGUCCCAGCUGUAAGGAUCUGCAAAAAGUUCAGAACUCCAGAACGAUGUAGACUCUCAGAGACUGACUAUGAAAUUGUGGCCUCAGCUCUGAAGUCCAACCCGUCCCACCUGAUAGAACUGGACCUGACCUCUAAUGACAUGGAGGAUUUAUCCAUGGUUGAAGUUCUGUGUUCUGGACUAGAGAGACCAAACUGCAGACUGCAAACUCUGAGGUUAGAGAGCUGCAGUUUGUCAGAGAUGAGCUGUAAAGCUCUGGGCUCAGCCUUGAAGUCCAAUCCAUCCAGUCUGACAGAACUGAACCUGGGCCGGAACGACCUGGAGGAUGCAGGAUUUCUUCAUUUUCGUGGUUUUCUGGAAAGUCCAGACUGCAGACUGCAGAUUCUGAGGUUGAAGGACUGCAGUUUGUCGGAGAUCAGUUGUAAAGCUCUGGGCUCAGCUCUUAAGUCCAACCCGUCCAAUCUGACAGAACUGGACCUGAGCCAAAACGACCUGCAGGAUUCAGGAUUGCUUCAUCUGCGUGGAUUUCUAGAAAGUCCAGUCUGCAAACUCAAGAUUCUGAGGUUGUGGAGAUGCGGUUUGUCAGAGACCAGCUGUGAAGCUCUGGGUUCAGCGCUGAAGUCCAACCCAUCCAAUUUAACAGAACUGGAGCUGAGCCAUAACAACCUGGAAGAUUCAGGAUUUCUUCAUCUGCGUGGUUUUCUGGAGAGUCCAGUCUGCAGACUGCAGAUCCUGAAGCUGUGGAGCUGCAAGUUGUCAGAGAUCAGCUGUGAGGUUCUGGGCUCUGCUCUGAAAUCCAACCCAUCUAAUCUGACAGAACUGGACCUGAGCUGGAAUACCGGCAUGCAGGAUUCAGGAUUUCUUCAUCUGGAAGGUUUUCUGAAGAGUCCAGACUGCAGACUGCAGAUUCUGAGGUUGAACAACUGUGGUUUGUCUGAGAUCAGUUUGGAAGCUUUGGUCUCAGCUCUGAAGCACAACCCAGCCAAUCUUACUGAACUGCACUUCAGCCACAACAAAGUCCACGGUUCAGGAUUUCUCCAUCUGUGGAGCUUUCUGGCGAAUCCAGGCUGCAGAUUGCAGAUUCUAAGGCUGGAGUUCAGCAGCUUGUCUAAUAUCAACUGUGAAGCUCUGGUCUCAGCUCUGAAGUCCAACCCAUCCCACCUGAUAGAACUGAACCUGGGCUUCAACAACCUUCAGGAAUCAGAUGGUCAGCAGCUCCAGGAUCUGUUGGAAAGUCCCAACUUCAAACUGCAGGAUCUGAGUUGGAAGGGAACCGGCUGGUGGUCUUGAUCUUCCUCCUGAUGGAACAGAAAGGGGCAUCAGUAGAGGAGAUGUUGUGACUGGAAGUAUUCCUGGAAGAUGGAGAGUAGAAUGAUUGAGGAAUCGGAGGAAGUGGAGACGAGUGUCAGAGCUGCAGCAUGAACUGAUCUGAGAGCUGCUCCACUGUCUCUCUAAGCUACAGCUCCCCCAGUGGACUAAUGGGAAACUUCAUCUUCUCAUUCUAAACAUAGACGGUCUAAAUACUGGGCUUCUCGAGCCAUGAGGUCCCCCAUUGGAAAUGCAUUACCUCCACCCCUCGCAAAAGUAGGCCACAGUCUUCACCGUCACUUCCUGAUAUGUCUAUCACCAUAUUGCAAACGAUUGCAACCCAUCGACAGCGAUUGGUCUGAGUCUCUGUGAGUCAUAGCUGAGUCAUGGAAUCUAUAGGAAGUACCGUCUUAUUCUUGCUAUAGUUGAUGAUGUCAUCCCUCCUGUCAUUUGUGUUUCUUUGUAUAUUUUUGUGUGAGAAAAACUGUGGGAGACAGCUGUGAGCAUCUCCAUUGAUCAAACAAACCAACAGAUAUUAAUGAAUCAUUGAUCAGCUUUCUUUAUCGUGGAAUAUCUUAUUUUUCUUUAUUUAGAGCUAUUCAGAAAAUGCUUGACCUUUGAGCGUGCUUGGAUUUUUCUAAAUUCAAUUAUCUUUUCUCAUCUGUUUUAUGGAGCUACUGUCUGGUCACAAACUCCUCAAACUGCACUUAAAUCAAUGGAGAGUCUGUAUAAUCGAGCACUGAAAAUCAAUGUUUUUAUAUCUGUCGCUAUUCAAAUAAAAUAAAUUAUUUUAUUAAUUCAA